ACUCAAUGUCUAAAGGAACCUGUUUGGAGGAAGCUGUAUUAGUUGCUCGUAGGGUGUUAGGAAUUCUUGGGAGGAGAAUUUUUGCAAAAGCAUAGUUUUCUUGUAUAUGUGGAAGGAGUUAGCUUUAUCGUGGUAGAGCGAGAGCCAUUACAAUGCUUAUCAUCUGUGCUGUUGCUGGAUUAUUGGACCCCUUGCCCAAAUGAGCAGCUCUCAGAAAGGGACCUUGGAGGGCACCAUCUUGUGCUGUAGGAAUAAGUGUUUAUCUCUGUCAGGUUCCAGGUUGGAAUCCAGCAGUUUUUCUUGUCUGUCUCACUGUUACCCUCUUCCUCUAGUUAUGGUCCUUGUUGCCCAGUCUCAAAGUGAGACAAUCCUGUUCCCCCCUCCCAGCAGGCUGUGAUGGUAUGUAUGUUUGUGUUGGCACUUCAAAAACUUUAAUCUCUUUGGUUACAAAUUUAAGGUAAUUAUUAGUGUACACUGAUGUGUAUAAGAUGUAGGUAAACUCGUGGGGAAAGCAGGUAGUACUCAGGUAAGUUCACGAGGAAUCCUGGCAUAGCAUAGGUGAUGCUUGGUUAGUGUAGAUAUCACUAAUUCAGUAAGUCAUUAGUUUCUUCUCCUUGACAUAUGUUUUUUUACCUUCCUUUCUAGGAAGGGGUCUGGAGGAGGGAAAAUUUCCCUUUCUGGUGAAAGGGGACUGGAGCAUUAUGACAGUCAAGUCUUUAAAAGCUUAUGAGUUACCAGAGUCCUUGACGACUAACUGCUUCCUCUGCUGAUAUUGUCGGAUGUCAAUAAAGAGAGGUUGAAGGCAACACUUCUAAUGGAGCAGGUAACAUCGAAAGGUGCUGGCUUAAACCCUAAUGCAAAAGUGUGGCAAGAAGUACCCCAAGGGAGCAGUGAGGCUGUGCCACCAGCAAAUGGCGCAGAGCACUCGUGGCAAGAAACAGCGGCUGCACAAGGGACUCAUACCGAGGGUAACAUAGAGAUUUCAGAGGAUAGCUGCAAGCAAUAUGAAGUGAUGUAUUCCCCGUCUUGUGAAGCCACAAGAAAUGGCACAGGAGUUGAUGAAGCAUCUGCAAAUGGAAUUGUCCUAGCAACUGAAGAUCUUGGAUACCAAAUCUAUGAAGUGUCUGGUGAAGGCAGCUCCACUGUGUCCACAGAAGACAUUAGAGAAUGUUUGAAAAAACAACUUGAAUUCUGCUUCUCACGUGAGAAUCUUUCAAAGGAUCUCUACUUGAUGUCUCAAAUGGACAGUGAUCAGUUUGUUCCAAUAUGGACAAUUGCCAACAUGGAAGGUAUUAAGAAGCUGACAACUGACAUGGACCUUAUUCUUGAAGUUUUGAGAUCUUCUCCUAUGGUACAAGUGGAUGAGAGAGGGGAGAAAGUAAGACCAAACCACAAACGAUGUAUUAUCAUUCUCCGUGAGAUCCCUGAAACAACACCUAUAGAGGAGGUUAAGGCUCUGUUUAAAAAUGAAAACUGCCCCAAAGUGAUAAGCUGUGAGUUUGCUCACAACAACAACUGGUACGUUACAUUCCAGUCAGAUACAGAUGCGCAACAGGCGUUCAAAUACUUAAGGGAAGAAGUGAAAACCUUUCAGGGCAAGCCAGUAAUGGCCAGGAUAAAAGCCAUCAACACAUUUUUUGCUAAGAAUGGUUACCGGGUAGUGGAUUCCAGUGUCUAUACUCAGCCAGUUCAAACACAAGCACAGUUUGCCUCACCACUGUUUAUGCAGCCUGUAUAUAGUCCUCAGCAGUACUCUAUUUACAGCAUUGUGCCUCAGACAUGGUCUCCAAAUCCUGCACCUUACUUUGAAACACCACUGGCCCCCUUUCCUAACGGUGGAUUUGUGAAUGGCUUUAAUACACCAGGAUCAUAUAAAACAAAUGCUGCUUCUUUGAGUAUAGGUCGCCCAUUCCAUAGAAAUCGUGUGAAGCCUCACUUCCGAUCCUCUAACAGCUCAGAACAUGCUGUGGAGGGUCCAGCUGCUGUCAGUACCAUGCCAAUGGGGGAUGGACCACUGAACAGAACCAACUCAAGGAAUUUUGUUAUGGAGCGGCAUAACAGUACGUUAACUGGGCACCAAGACCAAGGUUAUUCCCAGAAGGAUUCUCCAACCGCCCAGAUGGAGCAGAAUGGCGAUUAUGGCAUUGGCAGGGGCAGGAGGAACAUUUUCAGAGGUCGGAGGAGACGAGAAGAUGACCGGGUUUCAAGACCUCAGCCUUCAGCAGAAACAAAGACUCAGACACCAAAGUUUGACUUGCUAGCAUCAAAUUUCCCACCUUUGCCUGGCAGUACAGCAAAAAUUCCAGGGGAGCCUGUGCUGGAGAGCAGGAUGUCCGAUAUCGUUAAAGGAGUCUGCAAAGAAAAGGUACCCCCUCUUGUCUCUGGCACGCGCACUCUGGAAAGCAAAGAUCUGCUGCCCAGCUGUCCAGCUCCUGCUCAGGAAGAACAGACGCACAGCACUGUCCAACAGCCUGUGACAAGUGUGAGUUCGCCAAGUCAGACUGAAGCUGUGGUGUUAAGCACAGUUCAGCCAGACAGCAAACCGGAAGAAGUGUCUGCUCAGAAAGAUGUUACGAGCCAUGCUUCCCCACCGGUGUCUGUCUCUCCUGUCAGUGCUGCAAAGCCGCCAAGGACAAAUACCACUUCACCUUCUGCUAACGCAAGUGCAGCUCCUGCUUUGUUGGUGCAGGAGCCACGCAAGCUAAGUUAUGCUGAAGUUUGCCAGAAGCCCCCAAAGGAGCCUCCUCCAGUUCCUGUUCAGCCUCUUAGGGAACAUCGCACUAACAUAGUUCCCCCUGCCAAAAAUGAAGAAAAUGGCACACCUGAGAAGGCUUCGGAGAAGGCUCAUGACAAGGUUGAAGGUCGAAUGAAGGAUUAUUCUGGGUUCCGAGGCAACGGGCCUCCCAGGGGAGCUGCUGGGAAAAUCAGGGAACAGAGGCGCCAAUUUGGACGCAGAUCAUCGCCUCAGGGAGCACCUCGACGUAUUGGCAAGGAGCAGUAUGUGCCACCCCGGUCACCAAAGUAACACUUGUCCAGCCAAUUAUUCUCUAUUUAAUUUGAGCUGUGGACUAAUAAAUAAGCAGCAAAGGAGACUGUGAGAAAGAAGUAUUCAUGAAGGGGAAUACUGAACUGGAGCGUGGCUUGUGUGGAGAAGUUGUGGAGGGUCCCAAAAUUCAUCUCUAAAAGUGAUUUCACAAAUGCUGGAGGAUUCCAAUCAAUAUAAAUAUAGAGAUUAUAAUUUUUGUAUUUUUGUUUUUAAUUUGCAGAGGGUUUCCUGCUUGAAAUCAGUUUUGGGGUUGUGAAACUAGCAUUUUGUCAAAGUGAAAGAGUAUGAAUUGACAAAUUAACCUGUCCCUCAGUGUAGGAGGAAAAGGAUAAGAGAAUAUUAUUUUUGAAAAAUGAGCAUUUCUGUAAAAUUAGAACUUUUUUUAACCUAUUUAACAUUUGGCUUGUCGGAUGAUGUGUCUGCCAUUGAUGGCCUUGCAUUGCAGAGCACGUCUGCAGCUGAGGUGCUUGGUCGGUGUGAGUGGAAUGAGUGCAGCCAGAUACUGUUGUCAUGACUUAGUCACUGAUGAUAAGAACUGAAUGUACUACUGUAGUAAACUUUGUGUUUCCAGCUUGAAGUAUAGUCUCUUGACCUUACUAAUAAUUCAUUCAGCAAGCUUUUUAAACUAUUAAUUUUUACAGGAUACUGGAUUGUAGAUCAGAGCAUGUGGACAGCAAAAAUUGUCUUCUAGACGCAAUUGGAAGGAGGCAGAAGGGAGCACAUCAGAAUUUUUAAUUUGCCCUUUUUCCUUGCUUCCUUUUGAGGGCAACUUCUUAGGUUUGGGUUUGUUUUUUUUUUUUUUUCUUGCUUGUUACUUUCUCUAAUCUCUUUAUUACAGACUUUUGUGCAUUUAUCUUGGUAUGUUUUCCUGAGGCAGGCAGGCCCAGUAUAGGAUUGAUGGGUAGCUACACAGUACUUGGUGUUAGCUUCACAAGUACAGAGCCUGGAAUUCCAGUUGCAGAUGUGGAAUUCUGCCUUGCA